UCUCUGCACCCUCAACUGAGUCUGAACUCACCGAGGACACAGCAGUCACUGGUCCAUCUCUCGGCAGUCAAGGUCCACCGAAGACUCCUCCACAGGCCGCCGUUCCACUUGGGUCUCAGCUACCUACCACACCCCGGGUCUAUAAGGCAUCCAGUGCGCAAGCCCACUCUAUUAACCCAACGAUCGGAGUAGCCAACCUGCAGAAGUAUCGCAUGGAGCUCUGUAAAGAAGUUGACCCUCUCUUGGGCAUUAUCAACGAUGAAAAGUGGUUGUCCACCUAUUCGAGCAAGGCGGAUCCAUCAUCUUCGGUUCGUGCGGAGUUUCCGGAGUUCAGCAACAGCAAGUUCAAUGUGACGGAAGAGAAUAAGAUGCAUGCAGAAUUUACCCGCGUCGCACAGGAGAUACUCGACGCCGGUAGUGCUGCAGGUGGCAGCAAGAACAGUGUGCGUACGCUAGUCGUCAAAGAUACCGGAAAUCACCCGGACAUCGAAGAGAGGAAGAAGCCUGAUCUAACGUUCUAUCCCAACACACCGGAAGCACGCAAGGCAUAUGAAUUGAGUGAAGAUGAGCUAGGCGAUGCGAAGGUGACUCCGGAGGAACGCCGUAAGUUCUUGGGCAGAGCGGCUUGGCCUCACGCUUGCGUGUUCGUCGAGUUCAAGGCGGCUGACCACAAGAAUCCAUUCGAGAAGCGGAAGGACGAAUAUAUGCCUCGGGACACUGACGAUGCGAGGAAUGCGAGAGGACAGAUGUACGAGUACGCGACGGCAAUCAUGAACGCGCAACCUCGCACGCAUGUGUUCUUCAUCAGCAUUUGGAGGACUCAGGCGACCCUGUUCUAUGCUGAUCACUCGCAAUUUGUUUGCACGAUGCCCUUCACUUUCACCGGCAAGUCGAGUGCUCUGUCGACGUUCCUCUACCACCUCGGACAGAUGACCUCGGAGGAACUUGGCUACGAUUCUUCCGUCACACUUGCCACCGUCGAAGAGCUCGCUGCAGUGAAAGAUGUUGAAGAUCAAAUGACGCCGUACCACCAGAAGUGUGUCACGAGUGCAUUCUUCUCCGAGUCAGGGUGGCCUGUUUACAAAGUGAUCAUGCCAGCGGAGCAGGCCGGGUUCAAACAAUCAAAGGAAGAUGGUGCUUUCCUGAUCGGACGGCCAUUGUACAAGAUAUAUUCACCUACCGGCCGGGCUACGAAAGUCUAUGCAGCGUACAAUAUGAAGACCGAGAGGAUGGUUACUGUAAAAGACUGCUGGCCGGAGGAAUGGGAGGAGGGUGAGCACACCAAGUACGAGUGUAUCGAGAAGGCCGGAGUUCAAUACACUGCAACAUGCCUGUACGGUGGCUAUGUGGGCGAGCAGAAGACGAAGACUUGCGACGAUCUGAAGCACACGCAUCCUGUUCGGAGACAUUACCGUAUCGCUCUCAAGGAGCUCGGUCGGCCGCUGUAUAGCUACGAUAGCUCGGGUGAACUCAUUGUGGCAGGAUGGUGCGUGUUGACAGCGCACCGUGACGCCUGGAUCAAGUGUGGCUUGCUCCAACGAGACAUGAGCCCUGGCAACAUGAUCUUUGACGAAGUCGAUCCAAGAGACAUUAAGGACGGAGAAACACCAGAGUUUCGAGCUUUGCUGAUCGACUUUCAUCUUGCCAAGUUCAAACACGAGCUUCAAGAUGGCGCCAAGCGAGUAGGACGCUCGGGCACAUGGCAAUUUAUCUCCGCACGGCUGCUCAGAAAUCCGACUGCACAGAACGAAGUUGCUGAUGACCUCGAGUCUGUGAUCCUUAUCAUGGAGUGGAUGGCAUUGAGGUUCCAUGAGCAUCAGUAUAUCCUAUUGGAUCAGUUAGACUGGCUUAAGGCUCAUGUCGAGACUUUCUUCGACUUCCGCGGCCGUGAUCCCGACGAACGCCACGUCGGUGGUGCUGCGAAAUACCGACAGUGGAUGUCCGGCAAGAGGGACUGGGAGCUCUCAUAUUCGGGUACGAUGCCUGUGCCAGUGCACAACAUCCAGCUCAGCAAGCUCAACUAGCUCCACCAACUUUUCAGAGAACCAAGCAAGUGCGCCUGGUUCAACAGCCUCCAAAGCAGCCCGAGAUCCAGGCAGCCUGGCUGGAGCCAGACCGAUCUUCCGCAGUCGCAGUUCCCUCAGGGAACAAUCG